UACCACGUCAGACGCAGUGCCACAUCAGCAGUAACACGUAAGCAGCAUUGCCACGUCAGCAACAUGACGGACCUGCCAGGCCAACUGGCCAAUGAGACCAUUGCCGCCUACAAGCAGCGUUGCCUGGCUCAGAUAGAGGCUGAGGAACAACGCCUGCUGACAGUUGAGGCUGCUCACAUACAAGCUGAAGAGGCAUCAGCAGCAGAGAAACUGCAGCUACAGGCCGAUGCAGAAGCAGAUGCCCWGGCUCGCCGAAAGGAAGCCCAGGAUCUGCUGCAGCGGCAUGAAGCCAACAGCAUCUACAGACUCAAGUACUGGCAUUUUCAACCGAACGGCGACGACGCAACACCGGAAGAAAAGCACAAGGAGUUCCUCUCCAAACUCGUGACGCGGUUGUUGUAUGCUUGCAACUACCAAAGGUCAGAGUUGGAGAGACAGCACCGGGACCUGACGCAACAGCAUCUGGAAUUGGCGACGCUCCGCCGCACAGUGCAGAGCCACGAGGAUGCAACUCGGGCACUCAAUGCCCGAUUGUUGGACCUGGAACAGGCUGUACCAAGACCAGCUGCUGGAGCUUCCAGUAGUGCACCCUCAAGCCGCCAACUGGAGGACCGCGUUGACCACGUAGUGGCAAUGCUCGGCGACAUCAGCACCUUCGCUGCGCCGACCACCACCAUCAGCAGUCAGCUGCAUACAUUGAAGACCGAGCAUGAUCCCGUCCGCUGGUGGGAAGCAUUCACAACGCAACUCAGGAUUCUGCCAGUAGCCAAGCAUGCGUACAUCGGCGCCCUGUUCCUGAACUCAAAGGGCGGAUGCCAAACCUGGUUGAGCCGCCUGGCAACCUCCCACGACGUCGACGUACCAGACUUGAAGGACGUAAUCACAUGGGAGGAACUAACACGGCUGUGGAAGAAGCGGUUCAUCGUCAACGACGCGCCGGCACUCGCCAUCAACCGUUURUUCACCAUGUCACAGGGCAACACAGCAACACRGGACUGGCUCACGGAGUGGCAGAAGAUUGCGGCUGUGCCCAAUCUGAACCUACCAUUCGAGCAUCUACGCCGUGAGUUCUACAACAGGUCCUGUGCGGCAUUGAGCCAGGCUCUUGGUGAUCGCGAGCAGUACUCAACCUUCGCGGAGAUUAUUGACAAAGCAAGGGAGAUCAUCAAGACCAACAGGUCAGCUGCACACGAGAAAUCAACAUGGCAGCCGACCUAUGUGGAGAAGGCACGAACUGGUCCGCGACAGCAGCACUUCGCUGCAGUCCAGCAGGACAGUGGAGAUAACCCAGCAGCCACUCCAGUAUCAAGUGACGGAGAUCAGGUGGCCGCUGUCCAGCCGCGAAGCACCAACAAGUCUCUACCAGCUCCGUUGAUGGACGCCGGAGCAGAGGUUGUCGACCUUCACGCUUUCAUCGCGAAGAUCGACCGCGAGUUCAAGACGCAACGGAAGUCCCAGCCUACGCAAGUCACCCUGGCAGACGGUCAUACGCACAAGUCCAUCGACCGGUGCAUUGACGCCGUCCCAGUGUACUUUGCCCCUCACGCAAGUGAGGCGGUGUCCUUUGACAUUCUGGACACCAAAUUCGACAUGAUCUUGGGCAUGUCAUGGCUGCGAAGCAAGGAUCACCCGGUGAACUUCUUCAACCGCACCGUUCACGUUCGUGACCCGAACGGAGUAUUAGUUCCAUGCACGGUGCCUCCUCCUCAUCCUUCGAUCAGCUACCACGUGGUAUCCGCCGCAAGCAUGCGAGCUUCCAUCAUCARAGACGACAUCGAGGAGAUGGGGGUGUGUUUUCUCCACACCCUCCCACCACAUGACGCUUCAUCGACGGACUCACCUUCGGAUCCACGCAUCACCAAACUUCUCGACGCCUACAACGACGUGUUCGAAAACCCGCAUGGAGUACUACCGGAGCGACCUAUCCGCCACGAGAUCAUCCUCGAGGACGGGGCCGUACCUCCGCGCCGUUGCAUCUAUCGAAUGAGCGAGGAAGAGUUAAGUGUGCUUCGGGCACAACUCGACGACCUUCUAGAGAAAGGCUGGAUUCGGCCUAGCUCAUUGCCAUACGGUGCUCCUGUUCUCUUCGUSCGGAAGAAGAACAAGGACCUGCGGUUGUGCAUCGAUUAUCGCAAGCUCAACGCGCAGACGAUCAGGAACGCCGGCCCUCUCCCACGCAUCGACGAUCUUCUCGAGCGAUUGGGCGGCGCCCAGUUCUUCUCUAAGUUGGAUCUCAAGUCAGGGUACCACCGACUCGAGAUUCGCAAGAAGGAUCGCUACAAGACCGCGUUCAAGACUCGGUAUGGGCAUUUCGAAUGGUUGGUCAAGCCAUUUGGCCUUACGAAUGCCCCAGCCACUUUCCAAGCGGCCAUGACGACGGAGUUCCGCCACAUGCUGGAUCGUUUCGUACUUAUAUACCUCGACGACAUUCUGGUUUACAGCCGGAGUCUGGACGAGCAUGUGGAACACCUGCGCACCGUUUUGGAGCGGCUACGACAGGCCAAGUACAAAGCCAACCGCGACAAGUGCGAGUUCGCACAACAGGAGCUGGAGUACUUUGGACACUAUGUGACGCCGCAAGGCAUCCGUCCGCUUGCGGACAAGAUCGAGGCCAUCCGCGUAUGGCCCGAGCCCACCAACACCACGGACGUUCGUUCAUUCAUGGGGUUGGCAGGCUAUUAUCAGCGUUUCAUCACCGGAUACUCAAGGAUUGCCGCACCUCUGACGAGACUACAAUCGCCAAAGGUGCCAUUCGUAUUCGAUGACGACGCGCGCCAGGCUUUCCAAGCGCUCAAGCCGCGCCAGUACAAAGUUACAUUCAGAGCAUGUGAUCCCGACGACACUCGGUGGAUUUCAGGAGUAGAUUUGAAAGCGUCUGCACCGCUGAUCUACGCUCACUACAAGCGACAGAGGUUAGCCAAGGGACCUCCACGACCUGCCCCUCCCACCCGGACUGUGGUCCCUCCCUUAGACAGACAGCUUCGCCCUCGUAGGUAAGCUCGGUCUUUCAAGGAGGGGGGGGUGUGGCAUACUGUGCAGCCACACGGGCCCUGCAGGGCCCGUCCCAGAC